AUGUUUUUAAACAUUGAGAUGGUCGAGAAGCACAGGGACUUCUUACGGUUUUUGUGGCAUGAAGAUUGUGAUGCAACAAAGGAUCCAUCGGUGUACCAUUUCAACACAUUAAUAUUUGGGCAAACCGAUGGUCCCUUCACGGCCAUAUAUACACUACAAAGACAUGCGAAGGAAAUGUUGGAAUCUAGUACGAACCCCCUCACGCAACGUGCAUGUAAUAUAUUACUUAGAGACACAUAUGUUGAUGAUAUUACAUCUGGAGCCGACUCGGUCGAUGAUGCGUUGGCGCUGCAGGAGGAAUUAAUGAGAAUUUUGGAAACAGCGGGAUUUAAGGCCAAAAAGUGGUGUUCGAAUUCAAACAAAUUUCUUCAAGGUCUUAAUCCAGCUGAAAGAGCACCAACCACCAUCCGACCACUAGGUGGUACGGAGGAAUUAGAGCAAACUGAGGAAAUAUUUGUGCAAACAAAAACAUUGGGAAUUAGCUGGGACCCGGAAACUGACCUUUUCGUUUACAAUAACCACGAUCGUUUGGCUGAAGAAAAUUUGGACACGAAAAGAUCGGUUGCCUCACUGAUGGCUAAA